CUCCUCCUCCUCCUCCUCUUCUUCCUCCUCCUCCUCUUCUUCUUCCUCCUCCUCCUCCUCCUCCUCUUCUUCCUUUUCUUCUCGCACCAGUUUGAGGAAGAUAUUUUGAUAAGAGAAGCAAAAAUGAAGCAAAAACAGACGAUAAUAAAGAGGAAAAUUAAAAGAAACAUGAAGACUCGUUAGAGAUGGCCAGGUGUAUCUAGCCAGCGAGCCUUCACUCCUCUUAACACCCUUACACUACAUGGCGCCUCUCAUCUAACCCUUCUAAUAGUGGAGGGGGAGGAGGAGGAAGGGCAGGGAGUGGAGAGAAAAUUACCUCCACUUCAAGCUCCACGUGGAGGUGCGGAGGGAGGGAAUCGGAGGAGAGGGAGAGGUGAGAGAAGGAAGAAAAGUUUCGAAGAGGGUAAUGAUGACUGGUGUGGCAAGAUGGCGACCGAGUGGCAACAGCUGAGAGAGGAACUGCUCACGCCAAACACUCUUGUCUUGCAGCGGCUGUCAGGAGUGGUGAACCUCAUGGAUUCCCUGUCAGAGUCCCUCCUUCAGAGCCAGGGCGGCCUCACCUGUCCGUCCUGCAAAGUGACGGUGGAGGCCUCUGGUGGGCGGCUGCGGCAGAUGUGUCCUUACUGUGGAAACUUCUACAACAUGGCGUCCAAUACUGAUGUGAGGCUCAGGCGAGGCAGGGAAAUCAGGGUGGAGCUGCCCCAUAUUGACGUGGACGGCAGAUCAAGAAUAAGCAACCUCGGGAAUUUGAUGUUGGGUCGCCUUGGUGGUCUGCUCUUCCAGGACACGACCACCACCACCACCACCACCACCACCACCACCACCACGACCACCACCACCACCACCACCACCACUAAUGACACCAACAACAACGACAUGAACGACAACACCAACAACAACAACAACGACAAUGCAGUUACCGCCACCAUUUCCAUCACCCCCAGCAGUAGUAGUAGUAGCAGUAGUAGUAGCAGUAGUAGCAGUAGUAGUAGGAGUAGUGGCAGUGAGGAAGGACGUCUAGGAUUGCUAAGGAUGGGGGACACCACAGGGCCUUACAGGAUCGGCUCUGGCAGUUCCUUACCUCCUAUCCGCCAACAAGAGGUGCAGAGUCGCCGCAGCAGCCUCGCCUCUGUGUCAAGGAGGGGGUCAGGCAGCCUCCGGUCAGCGAGGAGUGAAGAGAGGCUCCACGAGAAUGAUAACGCUACCACCACCAGCCAGCGCCCUGUCUACCCCGCCAGGACGACCAGACGCGAGGACUUCAUGCAGGAGGUGCGGAAGACGAAGGAGAGCAAACAGUAUGCAGAGAUGAAGAAGUUUUAUUUUGACACUUUUGAAUCCUAUGCCAGUAUCUGCGCCACGUUCAAGCGUGACCCUGACCAGGACGGCGCGAGGGCGGACGACCCUGGCUUAAAAAUGGAGCUUGUUUACACUGUGCACGACUCCAUACGUGAAAUGCCCUCAGUGGUCCACAAGCACUUCCUGAAGGCGGUGAUCAACGCACUACUGCAGGAGAGGCCGCACCUGUUCAGCAAGGAUCGAGUGAGGGCGCUGUUUGUCAUCCUGCAGACCCCAGUGUUCCUAACCCAGUCAUCCUACACUGUGUUGGCCCACGUGCUCAGAAACAUCACUGCUCUAACCAACGGAGACCACCAGCUGCUUGUGUCGUGGUUCAGAGUCCUGGAGGUGUCGCGGCUGAGGAUGUUGGUGGGGAUCAUCAUUCAGUUCAUCACCGUGAGACAGUUCCCGCCACCUGACCGCUCACUGCCUCCCCUCAGCAAGAGUAAAUGGUGGAUUCCGACAGCCACGCGUGUUCUUGCCAUCCUGUACGCCAGCAACACCUCGGGGCAGCCUCCUUUGCUCCAUUACACUGAAUUCUACAACCACGCCCUUGACCACCUGGACUUGAUGGGAGAGUAUAAGCUAUGGCAGGUUCCGGACAAACCUGAUUCCUUCUCCUUCUGCCAGUAUCCUUUCAUCCUAUCCAUCGUGGCCAAGAGACACAUCCUAACUAAGGACGCCGAGCAGCAGAUGAUCCUGACGGCGCGGCGCUCUCUGGUAGCUAAGGUCGCGCGCCACCAGCCUCCGCAGAUUGACAUUUUCUUCCUGAACAUCCACGUCAGAAGGAACUACUUGGUGGAGGACUCGCUGAAGGAGAUAGCAGCCAAGAAGAGAGACCUGAAGAAGAAGUUAAAAGUGACGUUUGAAGGAGAGCCUGGGUUGGACAUGGGCGGACUGACGAAAGAGUGGUUCAUGCUACUCAUUAAACAGAUCUUCAAGCCUGAGAAUAAGAUGUUUGUGUACCACCCCACCAAGAGGCUGUACUGGUUCUCCAUGAGUCAAGAGGGGAACCUGAGAGAGUAUAACCUCAUUGGAGUUCUCAUGGGCCUGGCUGUCUAUAACUCCAUCAUUCUCGACAUCCACUUCCCUGCCAUCUGUUAUAGGAAGCUGCUAAGCCCCCCAGUGGUCCCGGCCUACGAGCAUGUGGCGGUGGGCGUGGCUAAGAUACCUUCCUUAGAUGACUUCGGGGAGAUCAUGCCGGAGGUGGCCCACGGACUGCAGGAGCUACUUAAGUACGAAGGGGAUGUGGAGGAGGACAUGUGCUUGACGUUUCAGGUGUCUCUGGAGGAGUUUGGCCUGCCUCGCACCUUUAACCUGAAGGAGCAGGGGGACUGUCUGCCGGUCACCAACAGCAACAGAGAGGAGUUUGUCAGGCUGUAUCUUGACUGGAUACUGAACACUGCCAUCUAUGAACAGUUCAGGGCGUUCUAUCUGGGGUUCCACACUGUCUGCGCCUCCAAUGCUCUUAUUAUGCUGCGGCCGGAGGAGGUGGAGAUGCUGGUGUGUGGAUCGCCGCGCCUUGACUUGAACGAGCUACGGAAGGUGGUGGACUAUGAUGGAUACACGCCCGACCACCCCACCAUGAAGUGGUUCUGGGAGGUGGUGAGCGAGAUGCCGGUGGGUCAACAGAAGCUAUUCCUGCUGUUUACCACGGGGAGCGACAGGAUCCCAGUAGGCGGCAUGGGGGAGAUGGUGUUCAAGAUAUCCUGUUGGAAGGGACACACGCACAUGCUCCCUCAGGCCCACACGUGCUUCAAUCAGCUGGUCCUUCCGCCCUACACUUCCAAGGAGGUCCUCAAGAAUAAACUCUAUAUUGCCCUGGCUAAUGCUGAGGGCUUUGGACUGGAGUAGAGAGAGGGAGAGGGAGAGGGAGAGGUGAAGAGAGAGAG